UCUGGAUUCUCGCCGUUUGAAACAAAAACACCUUCGCAUCCUCGCAUUUGAUGGUCUUGUUACCAAACUCGCGCGGUUUGUUAUUUUAAUGGACUAGCACCUAAUCAGCAACCCCAUCUCCUUUUUUCAAUGAUUUGAAGAGAAUAUAAAUAUGUCACUUUCCUGACCGCGUUAUGUUUAAGUAGUCUUGCUUAUUUGAUUCUUUGAUGCAAUCUAGAUGUCGACUCAAGGGAGCCUACGCGUAUAUAUAGAUGUUACUAUUACUAGUAGUUUUUAUGGCUAUUUUGAGUGCUUCCAAUUUUUUGUUUAAAACGGGUUUUUCUAUAAAGGAACAGGUUUCGAGCCCGUUAAGUGCUCAAAUAUUGGAGUUUUGUGAAUCGGAGUUGUUUCCAGAUCAAACCGUACAAAACUCUGAAGUUGCUUCAAGCUCAAACUGUUGCUAUGACGACCACUCCUCCUACACGACUAACCUCUCCUUUCCUCCGGAUAUAAUCAAAUACCCCACACCCGCAGCCACCACAGACAACUUCUCCAUAAUCUUCGAUGAAGAAAUAACCGAAAACGACAUUAAUUCUGUCAAUCUAGAUUUCACAACCUCUCCCCAUCUCAACCUCCCUCCAUACCAAUUCAACAACCAAGACCAGUUUGAUCUCACCCUACUCCAAAACCAAAUCCCACUAGCAAAUGACCCAAUUCUACCAUAUCCAAGUGACCCUAUGGCAUUGCCCACAGUUUGUGAAGAUGAUGGUUUAUCUUCAAAGUUGAUGCGCUUGAAUAACCCCCCUUCUUCCCUUAACUGCUCGUUCAUGGAUCCCUCCAUAAGCUCAUACCUUUCGGGAAACACCAACCCUCCUUUACCCGUAGAAACUUCUGGGAUUUUCGGUGGGGAUUUGUUCUUGGGUGAACUAGACUUCAAAGGGGACAGUAACGGUAUCUUCUGCCCGGAUCCUUUGCCACGACCUUACAACUCUAGUGAACUUCAGGCCCUUAGUAACGAAAGCCAACAUCUUGUGAACGGAGGUGGGAGUUCUACUACACCUUUGGCGUCAGAAAUCACAAGCUUGGAUGCGGAAACGUUUAGAGUUACUACUAGCAAAUUGACCACCGAAGAACGAAAAGAAAAGAUCCACAGAUACUUGAAGAAAAGGAAUGAGAGGAACUUCAGCAAGAAAAUCAAGUAUGCAUGUCGAAAAACUCUAGCAGACAGCAGGCCUCGAGUAAGAGGAAGGUUUGCAAAGAACGAUGAAUUUGGAGAGAACAAUAGAAGCAACGGUCAUGAAGAAGACGCUGCCGAAGAUGUCAAAUCUUUCCAUGUGGUUGUAAAGGAAGAGGAUGAAAAUUUUGAAUCAUCAGACAUAUUUGCACAUAUCAGUGGGGUGAAUUCAUUCAAGUGCAACUACCCCAUUCAGUCUUGGAUAUGAUGAAUCCACAACUCUGAUUUGCGACGCUAGAAGCAAUAUUACUCCCGGAACUAGCUACUGCACAAUAUUUAAUAUUGCGUCCGGCCAUCAUCUAUAUAUGAUCUGAUCUAUGUAGUGAGAGUUAUGUAAUUAUUAUGUAUAUGGUACCUAAUAAAACAGUGCCAUUUUGUGUGUAUAUAUAUAUAAGCUAGAAAAUUAAGCCUUCAUAUUUAUAUAGGGAGAUACUGUUACUUUUUAUUUCUUUUUUUUUUUUUAAUUUCAAGAUUUGGAGAUUGAAAGAAAGAUUCUUGU